AUUUAUACUUACGCCCUUCCACCACAAGACUGGCAUUAGAGCAAGCUUUCGAAAUGCAGAAUAAUGAUACCAUAGUCUACAACAAGCAAAUCCACACGGCUACAACAUCUGGGUUCAGCAAGGAAUAAUGCGCCAUUUGAAAUGGUUGAGUGAAUGUUUUCAAACAGAAAGUAAACAAAAUCUUUGGUCCGAAGCCUGCCGCUUUUAUUCGCUCGACAGUAUAUCCGAUCAAAUACUUAGCAAGCAAAAACUCAACCCAAUAAUAGCUUUAGCAUAUUUCUUAAGCAGUCAGCAACGAAGUAUCAUUACUCUUGAAGAUAAUAAUGACGGAAUACUUCGCGAAAUCCACUCUAUUGCUGCCAAAUCGUUUAAGAAAUACAGUGAUAUCCAACAAAGUCAAGAAGAACAGUAUCAAGAAAUGACAAAGAACACAAACAAGCAGUUCAGUAAAAUUGUAGCUAGCGUAGAAGAAUAUGAAAAAGAAAGCAAAUCACUAACAUUGAAGAGACUGAAGAAGUAUGCAGAAGAUGGUGUCAAGGCACAAGCAAGAAGUUGAAGACAGUUGCAGAUGAUGUUGUUGUGACACCUAUUGAGGAAGAAAAGCCAAGUGCUGAUCUGUUCUUUGUUGUUCAGAACAGAGAAAAAGAUAAAGAUAAGUUCAGAUGGGGUAUUUGUUAUGAAAAAG